AUGAUGCUCCAGCACAAGAUGCGGAGGUGUGGAACCGCCGAUGGGAUGAUUGGACAGAUGUCAUCGGAGGGUGGGUGGAUGGCCGCUUGGCCGACAUCACGCACAUUCCAAGUGGCGAACGCGGAUGAAUGCACCUUCUUCCACAAGCGGAGAGCUCUUUACUCGGUUAACUACAUAUCUAUCCCCUCUCUUACAUACACCUCCGCUUCAUCAUCAAUUGACUCCAACCAAACCAAGCAUUCAAACAACCUACCUACUUCCUACAUCUCAUCACCCUCCAUUCCCUCCCGUCCCGCAAAUCAGACCGAGGCCGCUCACGCCAAGACGGAUGCAGCGCAUCCAACUGAUACUCGCGCGGCCCAGCAUGCACUAGAGCACACAAACAGCUGGACGCCCAAGCUUGACCGUCGCCAGAGCUGGAGCAAGGAGGAUCAGAAGAGAGCGCUGCAGAUGACCGGCAUCGCCGACGGGGAGUCUAAGUAG